AUGCCCUUUCUCAAACGUCCGGCCGCGUCAGAGGGCGGUGGUACUUGCCGGCGUGGCAGACGAAAAGAUACCACGCCCAGUGAUGUUGCAGAAAGACAAGUUGCUGUAGCAGUCAGCCAACCGUCACCACCACCACCGCCACCUAAUGACUCGUUCUACCUCUUUGGACCGGAGGAUAAAAUUCAUAACAAAUGGUCUGUCGUGCGGUACGAUCCGCGCCAGCAGCAGCCCACAGCCCGAAAUGAAGGAACCGCGCUGGAAUGCCACCUACAGUAUCGUCGGUGGUGA